AUGAAUGCUCCAGAAUCGGAUAACCCAUUUACACCUAAGCAGGCUUUGAAGCCCACCCCGGAGCUCUAUGGAGAGCUCGUAGGCGACGGCAUGGAGCAACUUGCCAGUGCAUCAAUCUCGUUCAUCGACUUCUCCUCAUCCUCAGAAACCAUCGUUCAUGAUAUCGGUUGCGGCCUAGGCGCGGCGACUGCCGCUGUCGUAGCCGCGCCUCAUAGCAACAAAACAAAGAUAAUCGGAAGCGAUAUCAACGAUAAUGUGCUCAAUCUCUAUCGUGAACAGAUUACAAAAAGCAACUGGCCAGCCGAAGCCGUAAAAGCAGACGCUACUGCCCUCACGUUUGACGACGAAAGCUUUACUCAUGCCAUUGGUAAUGCGUUGUUGUUCGUUCUACCGAAUGAUGGCGUCGACGCGGUGAAAGAGAUGCAUCGUACUCUUAAGCCAGAUGGCAUCGCAAUCGUCAAUUCGUGGGCAUAUGUGCCCACUCUGCCUGCCAUCGUGGCCGCUUGCGAAAAGACCCGACCAGCUGGAACACCGCUCCCUCGUCAAGGUCUUGAGAAGUGGGAAAACGAAGACUUUUUCCGAAGUAUCGUUAUCCAUGGUGGUUUUCCGGCUCACAAGGUAAAUAAGGAAAGAAAGGAUGUAUUUAUCAGCAUUGGUAACCUAAAGCACUUCGCGACUUUGCUUUGGAGUUUCAUUGGAGGAACGUCUAGUGCAGGUUGGUUAGAAUCAGAUGAGGAGAAUUGGGAUGUUGCACUUGAUACAGUUGUUGAGUCACUCAAGAAAAGCGAGGGAUUUAAGGAACUCGAGAAUGGGAAGAAUAAGAUUAUGUUCAAGGCUCACAUUGCGAUUGCGAGGAAGUAA